AUGGACCUUUCCCUUAAUCUCUCCAACAGCCACGUCCUGAUAACCGGCGGAUCAGGCUUCAUAGGCUCAUCCACAGUAACGGCACUCGUCUCCGCCGGCGCAAAGGUCACCAGCCUCGACCUGCGCGUUCCGGACAGCCCUCCGCAAUCCCUAAACUUCCAGCACCUGUCCUGCAACAUCAGCUCGGAAUGGGAUCUUACAAACGCGUUUUCCAUAGCUGCCGAGAGGUUCGGACCAGUGGCGUGUUGCGUAGCACUCGCUUCUCUCGAUCUCUCCGUUCUGCCUCACCACGAGAGUCUGGCCGAUAUGGAGCUUGAUCAGUGGCGGCAUACGCACCGGAUCAAUGUCGAGGGCACGUUCCUCACGGCGCGAACGUGGCUACGGGCGCUGAGAGAUUAUGCAAGCUCGGAUAAGAGGGAGGAGGAAGAGCUGCGGAAUGUUGGGUUGAUAAUAGUUGGGAGUGAGAGCGGACAUUUCGGGGAAAGAGGUAAUGCAGAUUAUGCGGCGGGUAAGAGUGCGGUCCAAAUAGGGCUCGUCAAGAGCCUGAUGGCGGAUGUGAGUAGGAUAUGGCCGGGAGGGCGAGUCAAUGCUGUGGCUCCUGGCCCGGUAGAUACGGAGCAGUUUCGGAAAGAAUGCAGGGAAAAUCCCGAGCAGUUGUACGUGGAUGCUCAAGCGACCACCGGAUUGCGCUGCCCUGUUCCGCCUGAAAGCGUUGCAAAGAGCAUCCUCUUUCUAGCAAGUGAAAACUGGAGCGGGAACAUCACUGGGCAAGUGCUGAAUGUCGAUUCGGGCAAGCAAGGCAAGGUAAUGUGGUCUAAAGAAGAGUCUAAAUGA